GGGCGCUCCCGGGCGUUCUCAGUGUCCCCCCGCAUCCGCCGCAGCUAGCGGCCACCGCGCCUGGGCCAUGGGGCUGCCCACUCUGGAGUUCAGCGAUUCGUAUUUGGACAGUCCGGAUUUCAGGGAGCGAUUGCAGUGUCACGAGAUCGAGCUGGAGAGAACCAACAAGUUCAUCAAAGAACUGCUGAAGGAUGGCUCUCUGCUCAUCGGGGCGCUGAGAAAUCUGUCCAUGGCUGUACAGAAGUUUUCCCAGUCUCUGCAAGACUUCCAGUUUGAGUGUAUCGGAGAUGCAGAAACUGAUGAUGAGAUCAGUAUUGCUCAAUCACUGAAAGAAUUUGCAAGGCUACUCAUUGCUGUAGAAGAAGAAAGGCGUAGACUGAUUCAAAAUGCUAAUGAUGUGUUAAUCGCACCCCUUGAGAAAUUUCGAAAAGAGCAGAUCGGUGCAGCUAAAGAUGGAAAGAAGAAGUUUGACAAAGAGAGUGAAAAAUACUAUUCUAUUCUGGAUAAACAUUUGAAUUUGUCGGCUAAGAAGAAGGAGUCUCAUUUGCAAGAGGCUGAUUCACAGAUUGGCCGAGAACAUCAGAACUUCUAUGAAGCUUCAUUAGAAUAUGUCUUUAAAAUCCAAGAGGUUCAAGAGAAAAAGAAGUUUGAGUUUGUGGAACCGCUUUUGUCCUUCCUUCAGGGUCUGUUUACAUUUUACCAUGAAGGGUAUGAACUUGCCCAGGAAUUUGCACCGUACAAGCAACAGCUACAGUUCAACUUACAAAAUACAAGGAACAACUUCGAAAGUACUCGACAAGAGGUGGAGAGAUUAAUGCAGAGGAUGAAGGCUGCCAACCAGGACUACAGACCACCCAGCCAGUGGACCAUGGAGGGCUAUCUUUACGUCCAGGAGAAAAGACCACUGGGUUUCACCUGGACUAAACACUACUGUACUUACGACAAAGGAAGCAAAAUGUUCACAAUGAGCGUCUCUGAUGUGAAAGCCAGUGGGAAGAUGAAUGGCCUUGUUACUGGUUCACCCGAAAUGUUUAAGUUAAAGUCAUGUAUCCGACGGAAGACAGAUUCCAUUGACAAACGCUUCUGCUUUGACAUAGAAGUGGUCGAAAGGCACGGCAUCAUCACACUACAGGCAUUCUCAGAAGCUAACCGGAAACUCUGGCUGGAGGCCAUGGACGGGAAAGAACCGAUUUACACGCUGCCCGCCAUAAUUAGCAAGAAAGAAGAAAUGUAUUUAAAUGAAGCAGGGUUCAACUUUGUGAGAAAAUGUAUCCAAGCUGUGGAAACGAGAGGCAUCAACAUCUUGGGCCUGUACCGAAUAGGAGGAGUGAACUCCAAGGUCCAGAAACUCAUGAACACCACAUUUUCUCCGAAGUCCCCUCCUGAUAUGGACAUUGAUAUUGAGCAGUGGGACAAUAAGACUAUAACGAGCGGGCUGAAAAACUACCUCAGGUGCCUUGCAGAACCACUGAUGACUUACAAACUGCACAAGGAUUUCAUCAUUGCUGUCAAGUCAGAUGACCAAAACUACAGGGUGGAGGCUGUCCAUGCACUGGUGCACAAAUUGCCGGAGAAAAACAGAGAGAUGCUGGACAUCUUGAUUAAACACCUGCUCAAAGUAUCUCUACAUAGCCAACAAAAUCUCAUGACCAUCUCGAAUCUUGGCGUCAUAUUUGGUCCAACGCUGAUGAGAGCACAGGAGGAAACUGUGGCUGCUAUGAUGAACAUCAAGUUUCAGAACAUAGUGGUGGAGAUCCUGAUCGAGCACUAUGAGAAGAUUUUUCAUACUGCCCCAGACCCAAACAUUCCUCUUCCUCAGCCUCAGUCUCGAUCUGGAUCCCGAAGGACGCGUGCCAUCUGCCUGUCCACAGGUUCUAGGAAGCCCAGAGGGAGGUACACACCGUGCCUGGCAGAGCCUGAUAGUGACUCCUACAGCAGCAGCCCAGACAGCACACCCAUGGGCAGCAUAGAGUCACUCUCCUCCCACUCCUCUGAACAAAACAGCACCACAAAGUCUACUUCCUGCCAGCCCAGGGAGAAGUCAGGUGGGAUUCCCUGGAUCGCAGCCCCAUCAUCUUCCAAUGGACAGAAAAGUCUGGGUCUCUGGACAACUAGUCCAGAAUCAAGUUCUCGAGAAGAUGCAACCAAAACAGACGUGGAGUCAGAUUGCCAGAGUGUGGCCUCGGUCACCAGCCCGGGGGACGUCUCUCCCCCCAUAGACCUAGUCAAGAAAGGGCCCUAUGGGCUCUCAGGACUGAAAAGAUCCUCUGCUUCCUCCUCUCUCAGAUCCAUCUCUGCAGCAGAAGGAAACAAGAGCUACAGUGGAUCCAUUCAAAGCUUAACUUCUAUAGGCUCCAAAGAGUCACCCAAAGCCACACCAAACCCAGAGCUGCCUCCAAAAAUGUGCCGGAGAUUAAGGCUAGACACCGCCUCCAGCAAUGGCUACCAGCGACCUGGCUCAGUAGUGGCAGCAAAGGCUCAAUUAUUUGAAAAUGCUGGGUCGCUCAAGCCAGUUUCUUCUGGACGCCAAGCCAAAGCCAUGUACUCCUGCAAAGCAGAGCACAGCCACGAGCUGUCCUUUCCCCAGGGGGCGAUCUUUUCCAAUGUACAUCCAUCAGUGGAGCCGGGGUGGCUAAAGGCGACUUAUGAAGGCAGAACAGGACUAGUCCCUGAAAACUACGUUGUCUUCCUCUAAUAGUAUUAGUGGAUGGCAGUAUCUUCAUGGUAUCCAUGGUAACACAUAAUCAGUGCUAUAAUUUUAUCUGACACAGAUAUGGGGGACCAGCCACUAAAAGAAACAUCUAUGUGUCUCAAGUUUUUCACCAGCAGACUAUGUAGCUCCUACUUGAUGGAAAGAGAAACACAAAUAUUUGCAUCAUAGCUAUUCUUUUUGCUGUUUUCUUACUUUUAAGAUAUGCUUCUCU